AUGUUAAGGGCAGUCCGAAUUUCCUGCGCGUUGGUUAUGAUCGCGCUCGUCAUUUGCUCAUCUCCAACCGUGGCAACCCCCAAGUCAACUUCUGCGGGUGUCGUGUUGAAUACGCUGCAAUCGUCUCAUGCCCCGGCCGUGAUAAAGCGACGCUUGAGGCGUACCAUGGCCAUGGAGACGACUGAAACUUUUGAAGAGAGGGCUUUUACCUCCUCUAUUCCAGAACUGACUAACAUCUUUUCCAACCUGAAGCCCGCUUCUUCGACAUUGACUUUCGAGAACACUCAAAGUGGAAUGUGGCGACUGAUGCGGCAAUCGUCGGAUAACGUGUUUAAGCUUUUGAAGCUCGACAAAAUCGACAAACUUGACAAGAUCGCCACGGAAGGAACCAAACUGUUUGAAACCCAAGCUUUAAGAACUCAUUACGGUGACGGUGCUAAUUUGGCUACACUUUUCUAUCUUGGAAAGUGGCGCAGUGGUGAUAAACACAUCGCUGAUCUCGCUGCAGCCCUGCAAGUGGCGCAGCUCAAAAAGUGGGAUAUGAAAACGGUGAAAGACGUCUUGAAGAUUUUGGAGCUGGAUAAGACACAGGACAAUCAAAAUCCUUUUAUAAAUCCACUCUUUUCGCAGUUGCUCGCUUAUGUCAAGCUUAAACACCCAAACGACCCCACAGCGGUAACUAAGGAACUGCUGACGGCUUUUCGAGAAUUUUACACGGACAACAAAGCUUGGGCCAAAUUUCUAGUUGAUGGAACGAGGACUGACAGUGUGAAAAAAAUCGCCUACGACCUGCUACAGUUGCAGCUCCCAAUGGGGAAGGAAGGAGAGGAAGCGCUUUUUACGCUUUUGGAGUUGGAUCAGAUUGAAAAUGGACUGUAUAAAAACCAAUUUUAUAAACAGUGGGUCACCUUCGUCAGGCAAAGAUACGAGGGAAAACCCGACGAGGCAAGUGAUGUAAUCUUGUCAACUCUGAUAGCUCAUUACGGUAAAAAUGCUGCAUGGGCUGAUAUUCUUGUUGCUGAAACAAAGGAUCCCUCUACGCGAUCUAAUGCCCAAAUUCUGAUAGCGAGACUAAUUUGGAGGUGCCCACGAAUGUUGCUGUGGCUGGAUUUUGUCGAGAGGUAUUUCAUAAAGGCAGAAAAGUAUGCGACUAAGGAGGCGGCGGAUAGAGCGAAGUUGAAUUAUACGGCUAAGAAGGCGGCUGAAGAGGCUGAUGCGGUGGCUGAAGAGGCUCAGAAAGCGGCUGACGAGGCGGCUGAAGAAGCUAAUGCGGCGGCCAGCGAGGCAAAGAAAGCGGCUGAUGCGGCGGCUAGGAAGGCUGAGGAGGCUGAGAAUGUUGUUUUGAAGGCGCCUUAUGAGGCAAUGUUAUUAACCUUACGUCACCAUUCCAAAAGCGAUAGUGCAUUACGCAAUAGUCUAGCUAAGGGUUUGGAGGUUGACAAUUGGAAGGUGAGACAAACUGCUAAGGAACUGCAAAAGAUGCUUGAUUCGAGCCGACCACAGGAAGAUCUUAGCAAGGUUUCCGCACCUGGAGCUGAAUUAGACAGCAAUUUCGAUGUUCAUGGUUAG